AUGCGUGGUUCUAGUGCUAGGGCCCGUCUCCUCCUCCAACAAUGGCUCCACCUUCUCAUAGAUAACGACAUUCUCUUCCUUCGCGACCCCGACUCCCAUCAUUUACGACCUGUCGUACCUGGCUGCCUCAUCGACCCCGUCCUCACCGAUCUCCAUAAGAAGCUUGGUCACUGUGGACAACGCCAGACAGACUUGGCCACCCACGCCCGUUUUUGGUGGCCACAGAUGCGUUUUUCAGUGAUCCAUUUCUGCCAGAGCUGUCCCAAAUGCGCCUCUUACAAAUUCCCUACUCCGACACCCCGAGCUCCUCUCCAACCCAUGACAACCAGUUUCCCGGGUGAACGCGUAGGCCUGGACAUCAAUGACCCCAUAUCUAUCUCCUUCCGCGGUUACACCCACGUUUUGGUCAUGGUCGAUUAUUUCACCAAAUGGGUUGAAGCCGUCCCAUUGUACGACCAGAAGGCUUCCACGGUGGCUAACGCGGUGAGCCGCACCUGGGAAUCUCCAACAGCCUUCCAUACCGAUCGCGGAAGUAACUUUGACUCCCAACUCUUCCAAGAUGCUUGUACCAUUCUCGGAGUAAACAAGACCCGUACCACCCCCUAU